UAUUUUUAGACAGCGGGUCUUAGUCAACCCUUUUCUGAUACUCUCAUUAUUAAAAUUGGAGAGUUAGUAAAAAAGGGUGUCAUCACUGUUCCAGAAAUGAGAAGACAUCUUGAUUAUUUUGUUGAAGCUGAAUUUGGUUUAAGUAACAUUCCUCAUAAAAAAAACAAGCGUUACUCUCCACGGGAUAAAACAAUUCGGAAUCAUAUGAUGAAUGGAAGGAGAAAACUUCGUAGCUCUUUAAUAGAUCAAGAAUGUUUGCUUGAUAAAGUUAAUGAAUGGAGAAUUAUUGGCCAAGAACCUAUGAUAAAGUUUCGACCAAAAGGUGUCAGCAUUCUUGAAGACAAUGAUCCACAGCUUAAGGAUUCAUUGUUAUUUGUAUACCAAGAUAAGUGGCAAAAGAGACUGCUUUUGCGAUAUGGAGUUACUUUAUCUUGAUGCAACAUAUUGCACGACUAGGUAUGCUCUUCCUCUAUUUUUUCUAGUUGUUAAAACAAACACGGAUUACCAAGUUGUGGCAAUUUUUGUGUGUGAAAACGAAACAACUGAAGCUAUCACUAAGGCAUUGACGUGCAUUAAACAGUGGAAGCCUAAAUUUGUUUUAACUGAUUAUUCAAACGAAGAAAUAAACUCAAUAGAAUAUGUGUUUUCAGGAUGUAGUGUCCUAAUUUGUGAUUUUCACCGAGAGCAAGCUUGGGAAAGAUGGCUUUCUAAAACCAAUAAUGGCUGUUGCACUGUGAAAAAUGCAGUUAAGUUACAACUUCGUCAAAUUGACAAUGCAAAAACAGAAGAGAUUUGCAAAGAUGCUGUGAAUGCUUUCAAAGAGACAGAAGAGUGGAAAAAUUACCCAAAACUAAGAGAAUAUUUAAAUAAUACUUGGUUAUGCAACCAAAAGAUUAGUUUAAAUAGAUGGGUGUCUGCAUUCCGGCAACAUCGCCUUUUGCGAAAUGUCAACACAAACAAUGGCACUGAAAGCUAUGUGGAUGAAAAUAGAAUGUUUAAUACCAUUCAAAACUAG